AUAGUGAACUUAGUGACCUCUGCUUCCUAGUUCUAGAUUAUAGAUUAGAUUUGUCUAGUAUACCGUCCAUCGAAGUUAAAGAUUUGCCGUGUUGGUUGUGGCAAAUUUGUUUUUAGCUUAUAUUGGUUCUAGAACUAUAAUCUAAAUACAUAAAUAUAUAUCUUUAUCAAGAACUAGUCUAGUAGAGCUUUUAAUUUUCAACCAUGGGAACUAGAUCUUCAAUGCUCCAGGAAGCAGAAAUAACCGAAAUUCAGAAGGAAACAGGCUUUUCAAGCAACCAAAUUGUUAGAUUAUACAGCAGAUUUACCAACCUGGAUAAAAGUGACCAAGGUUUUCUAAGAAGAGCAGAUUUUUUGAGAAUACCAGAACUGGCUAUUAAUCCGUUAGGAGAUAGAAUAGUCCAUGCAUUUUUUAAAGAGAGCAACUCUGAUUCUGUGAAUUUUCGAGACUUUAUGAGAGUUCUGGCUCGCUUCAGACCUGUUAAAAAGAAUGCACAGAAAAAUAAGCUGAAUGACAGAGAAGAAAAACUAAAAUUUGCAUUUAAGAUGUAUGACCUAGAUGGGGAUGACAUGAUCUCAAGAGAUGAACUUUUGAAUGUGCUGCACAUGAUGGUCGGAGCAAAUAUUUCUGAUCAACAGCUUGAAAGUAUUGCAGACCGUACCAUUAGUGAAGUUGACCUAGACUGUGAUCAGAAUAUAUCCUUUUCAGAAUUUGUUAAGGCAAUGGAACGAGUAGAUGUAGAGCAGAAAAUGAGCAUUCGUUUCUUGAACUAGGUCUUAUACUAAAACCCAGUAAAUUAUUGUGAUACAAAAUCUGAAUAGAUUUUUUAUGCUUUGGUUGUUUUUUUCUGUUACAAAUGAAUUCUCUACUACUACAUAAAAUGCAUACAUGCAGUGCAAAUAAAAUAUUUUUAAAAAUUAUAUGAGAACUGAUGUAUAGGUAUUGAAAUUAAUGUAUACAUUUAUUCAAACAAUUGUUGACAUUUAAAGAUGCAGAAUUGAAAAAAGGACAGACUUUUUUUUUUACAAUGUACAAGUUGGAUUUCAUUUAAGUUAUUCAUUGUACCUUUUCACUGACUUAUUUUUUUACUUUAUCUACUUUAUAUCCAGUUUUAUUUUGUGCACAAAUUUCAAAUUAAUUGAAUAACAUUCCUUUUAUUCUUAAAUUAUUUUGUAAAGUUUUGAAAAAUAUUGUCCUUUUUAAAAAUAAUUAAGUAGCUUUUCAAAAAAAAAAAAAUAAGAAUCCCUAAAAUAUUUUGCUAGUUUCCUUUUAUUUUAAUGUUGUGUAUAUGGACCUAUUCUAGUUUGGACAAUUUGUGCUACUAACCACUAGAGCUUUAAAAUAAUUUAUGUAAGUGUAGAUUGCUGUAAUUUAAAUUGUCUCUUUACCCUGAGUACCAACAAGUGUUAUCAAACCUAAAUUGAUAGUGUGGUGUUUAAAUGCAAUUUCUUUGAACAUAAUUUUAAAAAGUAUGUAAGCUUAUUUUGUUGCUUUUUAAAAAAAAAAUAAAGCUAGUCAUUAUUUCAAGAUUAAGUACAUUUUUUUUUUGUUGAACUAAUUUAUAAUUGCAUUACAUUCUUCUCUGGUUCAUUGUUUAUUACAACAGGUCUGACUACUAACAAUGCAUGCGGAAGAUACAAUUUAAAUUGUUAUAUUUUUACUUAUAAGAAGUAUCAGUGUGUUUUUAUUGGUAGGUUCUUUGUUAAUUCUUUGUUUUCUUGUAACUGUAUAUUAAAAAUAAUCUUUCUUUGUAUCAAAGCAUGCAGAAGUGUAAAUAAAUAUUAACAAGAUAUUUGGGUGGUCAUAUUACAGGAUGUUAUAUGCACAGUAUUCUUGAUUUCUAUUCAAGACAAAAUGGUUUUUAACUUAUGUGUUAUUUCAAGUUGAAACAUCAAAAUACUUACAAGUUGUUUUUAUAGUUAUUAUAGGUAUAAAAAUAUUUAUAUAGCAGUGAUGACAAUGUUGAUAUUUCAUAAUUUUGUAUUAGAAAAUUGCAAAAUUUUAAGUUGAUAGGGUAAGUUUUGUAUUGUUAUUCUCAAUAGAAAUGAUAUUUUCAUAAUAAAAAAAAGUAUUUUCCUUAAAUUUAUAAAAUUUCAAUGUUACUUCAAAUUUUUUCUGAGUUCUCAUUACGAAAAAUAGUCUACUAUAAGUGAAAGGAUGUUUAUGGUUAAGUAAGAAAAUUUAGCCAUUCAUGUUAAGUUUUGUCUUUGUCUCAAUAUCCACGAAUGACCAGAAUGCAUUUUGUUUAAACUAUUAGAAAA